GAAAAGAGUGACAAACAGCAAUGGAACACCUCCACUACUUUUGAGAGGGACCACCACGGCUGACGGCGCUCCCUACUGGGCAGGUGGUCAACUAAGGUUCGGCUGGUGAUUGCCCAUCCCAGGUGUCUUCCGCGCUGUGUCCCCAUCCAUUCAGCGGUCACUGGUCAGUCACCCUGCCAUGACAAAGGGGAACCCAAACGUCCAUUCGAUAUCCAUCAAGGCCCAGUACAGUCCGUCCACGUCCAACUUGCUGAACUUCCUCCCUGCAUCCACCCGUCCUUCACCAAUCCGCGAGUCUCCAGCAACCUUCUCCAGUAGCUCGCAAGCAACGAUUAAAUAACCGCAAACUCCCCACAAGACCCUUGAGCGCAUUCGUCAAUCAUACUACCUACCCUACAACACUGACACUGACACUACCCUCAUCCUCGACUUUGAUCAAUCGCCGCAAAAUCAGACUCUCAAUACCGACCCGCAUCGACAUCCGCGAUCGCAAAGAACUUCAUUCCACCCCUUUUCGACGACUUCAACCACACUCCGCAAUCAUGAGACCCUCCACCUUCCUCGUCGCCGCUAUGGCUGUUGUUCCCGGUGUUCUCGCCGUCGACCAGAUGAAGUCCGUCAUCGUCUGGGCCAAAACCGAUUCCGUCGGUGACGACAUCAUUCAGAGGGCGAAGCAAUCCAUCAUCGAUGCCGGCGGUCAGAUCACCCAUACCUACUCUAUGAUUAGGGGAUUUGCCGCCGUCACACCUGCCAAGGUCCUUGAAUCUGUUCAAGCCUUUAGCGAGAGCCUCACAAUCGAAGAGGACCACACCGUCACCAACUCCGUAUAGAUGUUAGCCUCAUUAUCAAACCAAGUUGUUCAUCGGUCGGCAUAACCGGCGACAGACAAUUUGCGAAGCAUGCAUCUGGUGAAAGAUACAACAAUGUGCGAAAAGGGACUUUGGCUGGACUAGGUCACGAGGACAAUGAUAUCCGCCGCCUUUCCCGGCGGCCGCGACAGGGACAAGCGAGGGGGCACUCAUAAUUACCAUUGCCGUCAUAGACGAUUUAUCACUACGGAGUCGGGAGUUUUCAUCGAUGAGAAGUGCCUCGGGGGCAUCUUUUUCUGUAUGGCUACAGCGAGGCUUGAACCGCACUUGGUUCAAUCCUGCUCGACGCCUCAAAAACAAGACCGAAAAUCAAAAUCACAGCAUACCUACUCAUGA